CGUCAAGGUAAGUACUAACAUCCAGCUCCACUCUCUCCACUCCUCUCUUCACACCUCCACCAUAUAUGCUCCCACUCUUUGCACCUGCACUUUUCGAGCCUCCACUCUUCCACUCUUUGCACCUGCACUCUCCGCGUCUUCACUCUUUGCACCUGCACUCUGAUAUCGCCGCUCACCUCUCCACUGUCCUCUCUCUCUUUGUGUGCUGUUCGGUCUCGUUCCUCUCUCUUAUAUCCUCUCUCUCUAUCUCUGUCGCUCUCCCUUCCCUUCUUCCCACCUUUCGCAGAGCUUUCUUGGACUUUGUACACCGCAGAGUCAGCCGUACAAGCACACUUGCGGGGUUCCCUGUUUUUUUUGUUUUGUUCGUUUUUUUUUUCCCCGUAUUUUUUUUUCCGUAUUCUUUUCUAGUUUUUUUUGUUCAUCACCGGGACGAAGAACACGAAAAAGCUACGAAAAUGAAAUCGAAAAACAAAAAUUCAAGGAUGAACAGCCCCAUUUCUGAGGCCUAAGGUCAGUAGUGGUUGGCAAAGAGCGGGCCCCCCUCUUUUGCGAUUUCUUUGUGCAGCAGUUCCCCUCUGAAUAACACUGAGUCUUGCACAUUCUGCUCUGCGCUUGACGAGGCGGUUUCUUGUUGCCAAAGACACCCUGUUAGCUCUAGUGCCAAUGAUGACCAGGGCCUUAUUCUGCGUGAUUGGGGGUUACACAUGGGUUCGAGGGCUAAUAAAAAAGAUUGGUCAACGGGGGUGCAUGGGUUGCUGCGUGAGAUCUACUCUUUUUUCCCACAUUCGUGGUUUUUUGGGG